GAGAAAAACAAAAGCCAAGGCACCACUUCCUCCAGCUGACACAAAAUACGUGGAUGUCUCUGCAGUUGAUGAUUCUGUAGGAUCUCCUGCUUUCAUCAUGGAACACAAAGAAAACGUAAUUGAUAAGGACAUUGACCUUACAGUGGUUUUACCUGGGGAUAUCGUCAAGUCCACUACUGUUCGCGGCAGUAAGCCUAUGAUGGACUUGUUGAUAUUCCUGUGUGCACAGUAUCAUUUAAAUCCAUCAAGUUACACAAUUGACCUGCUAUCAGCUGAGAAGAAUAACAUUAAAUUUAAGCCAAACACACCAAUAGGAAUGUUGGACGUAGAGAAAGUGAUUUUAAAGCCAAAAAAUUUGGAUAAGAAGAAACCUACACCUAUAAUACCAGAGAAAACGGUGAGAGUAGUGAUCAAUUUUAAGAAAACACAGAAGACUAUAGUGAGAGUUAGUCCACAUGCAUCGCUUCAAGAACUCGUUCCUACGAUAUGUAGCAAGUGUGAGUUUGACCCAUUGCACACGCUGUUGCUGAAAGAUUAUCAAUCUCAGGAACCCCUUGACUUGACGAAGUCUCUUAAUGACCUGGGACUGAGAGAAUUAUAUGCCAUGGAUGUCAGUGGAGAGUCUUCUCAGAUAUCACCAAACCUUGAUAUUAUGAAGGAGAAAGAGAGUAAGGGGUUUUUCAGCUUUUUUCAACGCAGUAAGAAAAAGCGGGAGCAAACUGCGAGUGCUCCUGCAACCCCUCUAAUAAAUAAGCACCGCCCGACUUUUGUGAGGUCCAAUACCGUCUCCAGGCCGUAUGUGUCCAACACCCUGCCAUCGGAUGUGCCCAAGAAGAGGCGGGCCCCGCUGCCACCCAUGCUGGCGUCGCAGGUUGCACCCCAGGACCUUGAGCAGCCCCAGGAGAGGGCAGGCUCUUCUGUGCAGAAGUCCACAGGUGUGGAGAAAGCUGAUGAGAGUCCCCGUGAGGCGGGCAGGGUGAGGACGGGCUCACUUCCGCUCACCACCACAUCUGAAGGGAAUUUAUCUUUGAAAAGGACAAAGCGGAAAGCACCUUCCCCACCCUCCAAAAUACCCCUGCAUCAAAGUGAUGAAAAUGGCCACGCCACUGCUCUGCAGGCAGUAGACGGGGUUUCCCCAGACAGCGUUUUGGAAGCAACCUCUCCCGAGGGCCUCCCCAGCCCAGAUUCUACUUCUUUGGCAGAAGGCUGCCUUGGCCCUGGGCUCCUUCAUCAAGAACAGUGUACUACGCCCAAACUGCCUGACGAAACCUCUCUCUCCGAGGGUCCUGGAACCCCCGAGGCGGCUGUAGCAUCCUGGACAUCUGGAAUAAGCUCGGAUUAUAGCCUUGAAGAGAUAGAUGAAAAGGAAGAACUGAGUGAGGUGCCUAAGGAGGCGGACAGUAUUUCUCUGAGGUCACCAGACAUGUCUUUCGUAUCCACUGAUAUAAUAAGUGCACUGAAGAAGGACCCUGACUCAGCCCUUGGCACUGACAGUGGAGAGGCUUCACAAAACUCCAAGGAGAAGAAACAAGAAGCUAGAAGCACAGAUGGACAAGGGUCACACAGUGUUGUGCAUGAUAUAAGCAGUGAAGAUAUGUUAGCUGAUGGUGUCAAGAACUUGCAUUCACUGGGCCCAAAUCAAAAGAAAGUUCAAAAUGAAAGCAGUGUCCUUGCAACAAAAACAGAAGAUAAGAAAAACAGCAUGAGGGGAACAGAAAUCUGUGUAGAAGAUGAAGCCAAAAGUAAGGAAGUAAACACAGAAGUUGACAAGCCGUCAAAGUGGCGCGCGCGUGACACUGAGAGUUUUCUAAGUUCCAAGGAAAACCAUCAAGCGGUAGCAUCAUUGCCAGAUCAAAAACUGAGUCAGCACAGAGCAGAAAAGACAAAAACGCAAGAUGCCGCGAUUCAGACCACCCCUUCCUGUAACAGCUUUGACGGGAAUCACCAAGAUCAUAAUUUGUCCGACCUCAAAGUUGAUGAACGUGUACAAAUGUCAAAUAACAAAUCAACUCAACACUCAUCCUUAAGCCUACUCGGUUCUGUAGAUACCUCGAGCAAGUUGAGAAGUCAGGGCACCCUAACUGUACAUUCAGAAGAUAGACUUGCCCGGAAAGAUCCAGUGUGUGCCUAUGGUGAUGAUGAUCUUUCGUCUCCUGUGGAUGGAACUGAUAAAAAUUCAACUGUUUCUUACCUACAGAACUCUCCACUUUAUAGACAGGACUACAAUGCCAAACCAAAGCCUUCUAACGAAAUUACAAGAGAGUAUAUACCCAAAAUUGGAAUGACAACUUACAAAAUAGUGCCUCUCAAAUCCCUGGAAAUACUGAAAGACUGGGAGUCAGAAACUGUAGUGUUGAAAGAUGACCAAAAGUUACAUAGUUUAGGAAAAAAGCACGCUUAUGAGAAUGUGAAGGAAACUUCCAUGCAAACAGAAAACACUGCUACUUUGGAAGGCCCAGCGGAGCCUGAGCAAGACCUCACCCCCAAGCCCAGCUUGAGAACAGAGCAGCAGUUGCACAGGGCCUUGAGCUUUCCCAGUGGGGCCAUGACUAAGCCUCCGAAACCUCCCAGAAUGACCGGCGACACUGGCACAGCUCCUUUCGCACCAACUUUGGAAGACAUAAACAAUAUUUUGGAGUCAAAAAUAAAGUCUCGGGUUUCAAAUCCCCAGGCCAAACCAAAUUCCUUUUUCUUGCAGAUGCAGAAGCGAGCAUCAGGCCACUACGUCACGUCUGCAGCUGCCAAGAGCACACACACUGCCCCUGCCCCUGCCCCCAAAGAACUCCCAGGUAAAGACCUGGAAAGGGACACACUGCCUUCUCCCGAGCAGACUCUUUCUCCCUUGAGUGAAACAAGUCAUUGUACACCACUGACCCACAUUAAAAACACUGACGAUGCCAUCCUCACCCAGAAGCCUGCUCCUCCUCCUAUAGCGCCUAAGCCUGUGCCUCUUCCCACUCCUCAGCCAGCGGCAGUAAAUCUGAAGACUUUGAAAACUUUUGGUGCCCCCCGGCCAUUCUGUAGUUCCUCUCCUUCACCGUUUGCCCUUGCUGUAGUGAAAAGGUCGCAGUCCUUCAGUAAGGCGCGCACGGAGCCCUCCAGUGAGGCAGAACCUGCCCAGCCUCUGGCCAGUGCAGAAGACGGGAAGACAUGCUCUGUAAAUAAGUUUCCUGACAUCCCACAGCUGCUUGUGACAGAGAAUCAAAAUAACUCUGCACAUAAUGAACAGAAUUCUCAAAUGCCAACUCCAACUGACCGCCCAUCAUUCACCCUUAAGAGACAAAGUUCCUUAACAUUCCAAAGCUCUGACCCAGAACAGAUCCGACAGAGUUUGCUGACUGCAAUCCGUUCUGGAGAGGCUGCUGCCAAACUGAAAAGAGUUACUGUUCCGUCCAAUACAAUAUCUGUGAAUGGAAGGUCAAGACUCAGCCUGUCCUCCGACGCCCAGGAGGGCUGUUAAACGUGGCCCCACACGCUGCGCUUUCUGCUUCCACCUCCCGGACCAGCUUCAGACCCAUGGAGAAUGCGGGCAAAUGUAUAUUCAGAUGGACACUAAUAUAUUACCUAUUAAAGUCUGAGAUUUUAUGCUAUGGCUGUUAAUGCCAUAAGAAGAAUUAUGAGAAUUUAUAAUUUAUAAUUUUUGGUCUUUUUUCAUCUUAAAAAUUAAAUAUGCUGCUUUAGAACUGUAACACAAGCUAUAAAUGACUUUCAUUUUUUUCAAAUGAGAAACAAUUACCCUUUAUUGAUGACACACUCUCUCCAGCGGUGACUUAAAGUAUAAAUGAAGAUUUAUAGACUUAUAUUUGUGUGACACAUACACCAGCAAACAGACCUGACAUUUGCUGCUUCAGUGUUAGUUUGAUUGGAAAUGUUUAUGUUACAUUUCAGGCUGUUUUGUGCGGAAAGAAUGAUCUAGAAAAUUAGUAUAUAAAGUUCAGUUAUUUUCAUUGAUGGAUCAUUUAGUAUACAAGACUUAUCUUGUCCAUUCCUGUUAUAAUUACAAAUCAGUGUCAAAUUUAGAGGAAGCACAUUGUAAUACUUUAUUA